AUGGCGAAGAACAAGUCCACCACGCCCGCAGAGGGCCACUACACACAUGUUGCCGACGACCAACCCCCAUCGCCCCUCCACCCGGGCACAUGCCCCAACUGGCCGACCACGACCACCCCCGCCGCAGCAGCCACGGCCUCAACAAUGGAGGGCAUGCCCCUCCCCCUCGCCCUCCAACGCGCAGGUCUAACCUGCACCCUUAACUACCCCCCGACCCCCCGCCUCCGCAUCCUCCUCCUCCGCGCCGCCGAACAACUCGACCUGGCGCUGCACGUCCGCGGGGCUUUUGUCCUCCCUCUUCAGGACCCGCUUCCUGAUGACGACAACAACGACGACAACGACAACGAACAGGGGAAUGAUGACAACGGCGUCCCCAAAAUUCGCAACCUCCCGCCGCCUGGGACCAGCUUCGCCGAUCUCAUGAUGGCGGGAAUCCCGCACCGGUUGGAUUAUUGUGCGGAGAGGAAGGAGUUGGUGAGGGUGUGGCAGGAGGAGGCGAGGAGGCAUAUUGAGAGGGUGUGUGUGGGGAUGUGGAGGAUGGGGAAGAAAGUGAGGCAGGAGUUGGGGGGGAUGAUGGUGAUGAUGCGUGAGUCUGGUGAGGGCGAAGGGGGGAAGGCCGAGGCUGCGGGGAAGGUCGAUGCGGCGAGUUCGGCCGACGCGGCGAGGCUGGAGUUGUAUUUGAGGUGUUUUCCGGGGACUACCACCGCGGGUACCACGGGGACAGCAGCAGCAACCACAGCAACAGCCGCAACAGUAACGGCCACAGCAGCAGCGGGUGAACCCCCCGCAGCGGGCAAAGAAGUCCUCCUCCCGCGCCUAGUGACCUUUGUCCUCCGGGACGUGAACCCCCGUGAAGGCGCCAGCGAAGGCGGCAAGCCCGACGCGACGGGUCAAGGUCACAAUCCCGUGAAUCCCCUGCGCCCCGGUCGCGCCGUGAUCCGGUACCUGGAGCCUGGCCAGCGAGACCGCCAGGGACAGGUCAGCCUCACCAAUGCGCUGACGGAGGCUUUUGUUUGCGUCAAGGGCAUGGCGCCGGCUGUGGAGGACCGGUAUGAUCCUGGACAGUCGCACCAGCGGAGGAGGUUUGUUGGAAGGUUUACCGAGGAGGGGGACCAGAACGAAGACAACGAGGAAGCCGACGACGGCAAGAAAAAGGGGUGGGCUUGCACCAUGCUGGUGUUUGCGGCGGGAGUUUGUGUGGGUGAAGGCAAGAGUGCGCGCGGCGGUGUGGCUGUUGUUACCAAGGAUACCGUCCACUUUCAUGAGGAGCGGGUGUUGAAGUCACUGCUGGAGAUUGACAAGCGGGUGGAGGCGAUGGGCUUUGAGCGGGCCAGCAUGGCAGACCUGAAGAGACUCAGGCUCUGCAUUAACGCGCUGGAGAAACCCAACCGCGGCCACAACCGGAACCUGUACCGCGGCGUGCAAGGGAACGAAACGCCUGAUGAAGCGGUCGGCGCUUGUCCUCUGCUGGGUGGCGUCCAUGGGUUUGAGCUUGAGCGUCGUGGCGUGGCUGUGGACGCGGACCAGUUUGGGCUCGUCAAAUCGCGGUACCGGACUUGGUGGAUCGGGAGGACCGACGAGGCGAGGAACGCGAGACUGAGGGAAGUCCGAGAGCAGGCCAUGUGGGCUAUUCAGGUGGCCGAAGAGAUAGAGCGCCUGGCGGCUGAGGCUCAAGAUGCAGCUGAUGCCAGUCAUGAUCCUGACGAGAACGACCACCAAGACGAGACCAACACCAACUUGGCCGAUACCAUGAAGAACGUCUCCCUUGACGACGGACCCGACAACAACAACUCAAACACUCCCCCGGCCAACCCCCUCCUCCCCAUGCCCAUCGAAACAGCCCGCCAAACCAUCAAACUCUUCCAAGACGCCGAAACCAACAUCUCCCACUUGGGCGUUCCUAAACGCCCCCAGGCCGCUGCCACAACAGAAACCAACAACCAAGACGCCAACAACAACAAAAAGAAACCCUCCAAACCCCGUCUACCCCCCCGCUACCCAGCAACCCCCAACCGCGCCGCAGCCCGCGCCCUCCUAGCCGCCGUGCAAAUCCACCCCUUCGACCUCGGCCACUGCACCCGUCUCGUCAUCGCGACCGAUUCCGAGCACGCCGUGGAAAUGGCGACUUCCCGACUCGCCAACAUGUUGUUAGACCCAUCAGCACCUCCGCUGCGCACGGCUCGUACGAAGCAGCCUGUGGAGGACGGGGAUUUGUGGUGGGCUUUUGCGGGCGCGGUGAAGGAUCUGGCGUAUCAGGGCGUGGAGGUGGCGAUUUUGAAGUGUGCUGCGGGUGGGGGGGUGGUGAUUCCUUGUGAGAUGCCGUUUGGGGGGAAGAAGGAGGGUGUUGCCGCUGCUGGUGAGGAUGGUGGUAAAGAUGGCAGUGGUAAGGAUGCCAGGGGUGGUCACGGCAACCUGAUUUUUGGGAUGCCGCAGGCUAUUGAUGCUGCUAAGACGGCUGCGCUGAACGCCGUGAAGCUGGAUAUGCAGGCGCUGAUGCUCGGUAAGAAGAGACCGGAGGGCGCGGUGGACAGGGUCAUUGCUAUGCAUGUUUGA